AUGAAGCUUCUGCCUCUGCAAGUCCACCAUUUGCUUCACUUGUUCCAUUCAACAUUCGUUCCUUCGGAUGAUUGUUUAAAGAUCAAAUCAAGCAACUUACAAAAACAAAAAAUCAUAGAUGUUGAAUGGAUCCCAAGUGCGACGGAACUUCACCUCGCAGGAGUCAAGAUUGUGAAGAAGAAGGGAAGUGCCACCAACUUCCUCGACAUAUCAUUCAUAAACGGCACCAUUGAAAUCCCACAAGUCAAGCUACAUGAUAACACAAACACUCUCUUCAGGAAUUUGAUCACAUUCGAGCAAUGCUAUUAUCCACAUACAAAGAAUUACACUACACCAAAAAAAGUUUUAGAGGAUGUCGGUGGCAGCUUUCUUCAAGGGUCAAUUCAAUGUGUGAAAAUUUAUUACGAAUCCAAAUGGCAUAAAUGGAGGGCAAAAUUGAUGCGUGAUUAUUUCGAUAAUCCAUGGGCCAUUGUGUCAUUAGUAGCAGCUCUUAUUCUUCUUCUCCUCACUGUCCAACAAUCCUUCUUUGCAGUUUAUUCUUAUUUCCGCCCUCCUAAAUAUUGA